AACUUGAAUCAGAUAAUGUAAUAUCUACGCUACUGUGUUGUACUAUUGUUAUUAAUUGUUCUAUGGUCGUACUGUAGUAUUGAGCAUGGACGUUUUCCGUGUUAUAUAGCUAUUAAUUGUAUUGCACUAUCAUCGUGUCGUAUUAUAUAUCUGUGAUCAUCUGUGUCCUGUGAUUUAAGUGAAAGUUUACGAUUAGGCAUAUUACUAUAUAUAUAUUUACUGUAUAGUAUCGAUUACUAAAUACAUUACAAUAUAGUGAAUUUUAUUUUUACUGAUUUCGACGUUCUAAUUACAAAUAUUGCGAUUUGGAUUACAUAGUAUUAGUUAUCGCUUAUCAUCAUUGCAGUAUAAUACAUUUAACAUUACGAUUACUUAACAAAUUGCCUAGUGUUUAGUAUUGAGUUACCUAAUAACAAUUAAAUAAAAGUAAAACCUAUUACUAAUAUAUUACUUAAAUAAUAUUAUUUCCGCAGUGUUCAUAUAAUUUACCAUGUUUUUAGGAAUCUCUAGUUUUCAAAAAGGAAUUUUAUUUUUCCGAAAUAUAUCAAAAAUUAGUGCAAUGUCUCAAUAUCAUACACUAAAAAUUGAAAGUCCUAAAGAAUUUGUUUAUAGUGUCCAAUUAAAUAGACCAGAAAAGGCUAAUGCGAUGAACAAAGCAAUGUGGUUAGAAAUAGGAAAAUGUUUCAAUGAAUUAAAUGAAAACACAGACUGUCGAGUAAUUGUUCUUUCAGCUAAUGGAAAAUAUUUCACUUCAGGAAUUGAUUUAUUUGACCUUAUGAAUCUUGGUCAAGAAGUUGCAAAUCAUGAUGACAUUGCAAGAAAAUCAAAAGUUUUACGGUGUUUUAUUAAAACAUAUCAAGAUUGUCUCACUGCUCUUGAAAAAUGUGAUAAGCCUGUAUUGACUGCUAUUCAUAAUGGAUGUAUCGGUGGUGGAGUUGAUCUAGUUUCAGCAGCCGAUAUACGAUAUUGUACAGAAGAUGCUUGGUUUCAACUUAAAGAAACUGAAAUUGGAAUGGCAGCAGAUGUUGGUACAUUGCAGAGGAUGCCAAAAAUUAUUGGAAGUAUGAGUACAUUCAAUGAAUUAGCAUUUACUGCUCGUAAAUUUCAUUCUUCAGAAGCCAAAAAUAUUGGUUUUGUUACUCAAGUUUAUGACACCAAAGAAAGUAUGUUAGAAAAUGUUAUGAACAUUGCUUCAGACAUAGCCAGCAAAAGUCCUGUAGGAGUCCAAAUGACUAAAAGAAGCAUAAUUUAUUCACGAGAUCAUACCGUUCAAGAAGGAUUGGAUCAUAUUGGAGACUGGAAUCAAAUAUUAUUACAAAGUGAAGAUUUCAUCAAAGCGUCAAUGGCUGUUGCUACAAAGGAUAAAAAACCAAUAUUUUCAAAACUAUAAUUUAAUUUAAUUACUAUUCCUAAAUUUAGUAAACUUAUUUUUAAAUGUAAUUUUUUACAUAAAUCAAUAAUAAUUGCUCAUACCUAGAAUUAUAUCUAUAUCUUUACAUUAUAUUUAAAAUUAACAAAACCAGAAGGUACCAUCCAAUUUAGUUUGAUUAAAAAUGAUAUUUUUAUUUUAAAUUGUUGGUUAAUUUUAUAAUAAACAAUGUUACUUAAUUUUUGUAAAAUAUUACUUCAAGUAGUUAAGUAAAUUGUAUUAUUAAAGCAAGAGGUUCAGUGGCGUAGCUAGACACUUUUUUUGGGGCCCGAUAUUUUGAUUUAAUAAGGAUUAUCAAUGAAUAUUUUUAUUAAAUAAGAAACAUGAUAUAAAAUAUUCAUUUUUGGAGAAAAUUGGGUAGGCCUGGGCCAACCAGGUCUACCCGCUGGCUACGCCACUGAAGAGGUUAUUAAUCAAACAUUUAUAUAAAAAAAAAGUAUUUGUUACAAAUUUUAAACACUACAAUAUAUACAUAUAUAUAUGUGAGUAAAUUAUAAA